AACUCUAUAUAAACCCCUUGUAUUUUCCUUGCCAACCUUUUCCCCUGUUUCUUCAACCGUUGUAACCGAUCUAAAGUCUUCAUGAAAAAUCCCAUCUCAAAAACCCUAGUCUUCUCUCAUCUCAAUUCACAUAUCACAUGAAUUGAAAUAAUAUAAUUUGUAACAAUGGAAGACAACAAAGACACAGAGCUGUUGUGUAAAGUCAGCGCUAACCAUCUUUUCUUAGCUCAAUUCGAGCCAUUUCGAGCCACUUUACGUAGUCUUCGUGCUCGAAAUCCCGAACUUUCUCGAGCAAUUCUUCAAACAGUUGUUGCACAUGGCGGAAAAUUCGAUUCUAUUACCUGGUCCACGUCAUGCCCUUCUCCUCAACUCCUUACUUUCCUUUGUACCCUUGAACUUUUACAAUUUAACGAACCCACCUCUCAACUUUGGUCUUUUGAUGCUGAUGCCCUUAAAUUAAGAGCUGAAUUCUGUUUGUACUUGCAAAAUGUGAUUUCAAGGGUUUCGGAUAGGAUUUCGAGUUUGAAAUUGGAUGAAGAAGCUGUUGAAAAUGAGGAUUUGAAGGUUUUAGGUGAAAGUUUGAGGGUUUUGGUGAAAAUUUCGGAUAUGGGGUUGAGGCGAUUGAGGCCCGAUUUGAUUGAAAUGGAGAGUGAGGGAGAUAUUGUAGUGGAGGAAGAGGAAAUGAUGUGUUUGAGGGGAGUGUUUUUGGAAAAUGCAGAUAUUUUCGAUGUUUUGAGUCUGAAUAUAGAGAAGCAAGUUGGUUGGAUUGUAAAUGAGGAUUCAGAUAUGGCGAUUACAGUCAGGACGGUCGUAAAGAAUAAGGAGGUUGAUGAUAAGGUGCUUAAAUCGCUGCAAAAAUGCAUUCAAAUCGCACAUUUGGAUGCUAUGAGGGAAUGCCUAAUGAAUAAUGAUGUGGAUGGAGCUGUUUCGCAUAUUCGUUUUCUACAUUUGAAUUAUGGUAUCAAUGAGGAGGAGUAUCGCGUGGUCUCAAAAGAUCUACUCAGGAGGGUGUUACCUGGGAAGGAUGAUUAUGGAGAUGCCUGGCGUGAGAUGCGAGACAAAUUCUUGUCAGUUUAUGGGGAAGCACUUUCAUCUCGUUGUACACCUCUUGUUAAGAUGAUACAGGUUAUUCACGAUGAAAUGCUCUUGGAAGAGAUUGAGAGUGUCAAAGCUUCUGAAAGUGAUCAGAUUCCUCUACCUAUUCAGCGUCUCCAAAAAUUUAUCCGAGAACUGAAUUCUGAGACAACUUUAAACAACACAAAUUCAUUGCUGGAGACUCUUAUUGCUUCUUGCAUGAGAGAAAUGUACCAGUACGCUCGUGUUCGUGGCGUGCAUGUCCUGGAAUGUAUCAUGGACGCUGCCCUGUCUGCUGUGAGAAAGGAGGAACUGCAAGAAGCUAGCGAUAUUCUUUUGCUGUCUCCCCGGCUCCAACCUCUUCUAGCCGUCCUUGGUUGGGAUCUUUUGUCUGGUAAAACGGGUUUAAGAAGGAAAUUGAUGCAGCUUCUGUGGACAAGUAAAUCACAAGUUCUUCGUCUGGAAGACUCCCCACAUUAUGGGAACAGAUCAGAUGAGGUGUCCUGCAUUGAACAUCUCUGUGAUCUCCUGUGUUAUCAGCUUGAUCUUGCUUCUUUUGUAGCAUGUGUGAAUUCUGGCAAGUCAUGGAGUUUGAAGUCCUCGCUACUGUUAUCUGGUAAAGAGUUUAUGCAGCAAGGAAAUGAAGAUGUGCAAUGGGAUCCCUUUGUUGAAAAUUUUGUGCUGGAAAGAUUAUCUGUACAGAGUCCUUUGCGGGUAUUGUUUGAUGUGGUUCCAAGCAUUAAGUUUCAAGAUGCUAUUGAACUGAUCAGCAUGCAGCCAAUUACUUCCAAUCUAGCAGCCUGGAGGAGGAUGGAAGACAUUGAGCUCAUGCACAUGCGUUAUGCUUUGGAAUCUGCUGUCCUUGCACUCGGAGAGAUGGAAAAGAAUAUAGGGGACGGAGUAGGAAAUGACCAAAUCAAUUUGUGCUACCUGAAAGAUCUGAAGAACCAUCUUGAUGCCAUCAACAAUAUUUUCCGAAAGAUAUUGAUGGUGAACAUUAUCAUCUCUCUUCUGCAUAUGGAUGGUCUCUCUCUCAAUUUGACAACUUGUGCUUCAUCAAGCCGCUCAUCUGAGUCAUCAAAUAUAUCUAACGAGCAACAAUUUGAGGAUACAACUCAAGAUGGACGAAAUAAGACCGUUGUAAUAUUUAUAGGGCAACUAUUGAAUAUUUUACGGCAGUAUCUACCAUCUGCAAACUCAGAGAAGGAAAAUAAUUGGGAAGUCAACGUGUGUGCUGGUAUUAAAGAAGCCAUAGAAUGGAGAAUUAUGAAUGCCAAAAGAUUUAUUGAGGAUUGGGAAUGGCGUUUGUCAAUUUUGCAGUGCCUUAUGCCAUUCUCCGAAAGACAGUGGAGAUGGAGGGAGGCUCUUACUAUACUACGUGCAGCCCCUUCAAAACUGCUAAACCUCUGUAUGCAAAGGGCAAAAUAUGAUAUUGGGGAAGAGGCUGUCAACCGUUUCUCUUUGCCUCCAGAAGACAAAGCAACACUAGAGCUGGCUGAGUGGGUAGAUAGUGCCUUUGGAAGAGCAUCUGUUGAAGAUGCUGUUUGCCGUGCUGCUGAUGGAACUUCUCCGGUCCAAGAACUGGAUUUCUCUUCUUUACGUGCUCAGCUAGGUCCUCUACCAGCUAUUCUCCUGUGCGUUGAUAUAGCUGCAACUUCUGCAAAAUCUUCAAACAUAUCCUGGAAGCUGUUAAGUCAGGCUCAAGUUAUGUUGUCAGAGAUUUACCCUGGUAAUUCCCCUAAAAUUGGGUCAACCUACUGGGAUCAGAUUUGUGAAGUAGCAGUUAUAUCUGUAAUCAAGCGUGUCCUUAAGCGUUUACAGGAACAACUGGAACAGGAUAAGCCUUCAACUCUUCAAGACAUUUUAACUGGAGAAAUGAUCCUUUUAUCCUCAAAGGAUUUUCACCGGCAAGGACAUAAAGAGCGUGCACUAGCUAUGCUGCAUCAAAUGAUUGAAGAUGCUCAUAUGGGGAAGAGACAGUUUCUUAGCGGUAAGCUCCACAAUUUGGCAAGAGCUUUAGCCGAUGAAGAAACAGAGAGGGAACAGGUUGAGGAUGGCUCACGUUCUGACAGGAAAGGAUUGUUACUGUACAACAAAAAUGGAGUUCUUGGGCUUGGGUUGAAAACCUUGAAGCAGCCGACGACAACUUCAGCAGCUGGUGACAACAACAUACCUUCUGGUAGCUAUGAUGUCAAGGAAACUGGAAAAAGAUUAUUUGGGCCAUUCAGCUCCAGAAUGACCACAUUUCUCUCUCAAUUUGUUCUCUACCUUGCUGCCAUUGGUGACAUUGUCGAUGGGGCUGAUACCACUCAUGACUUCAACUACUUCUCCCUUGUGUAUGAAUGGCCUAAAGACCUUUUAACUCGUCUUGUGUUUGAGCAAGGCAGUACUGAUGCAGCUGAAAAGGCAGCAGAGAUUAUGAAUGCUGAUUUUGUCCAUGAAGUGAUUUCUGCUUGUGUUCCUCCAGUUUAUCCUCCAAGAUAUGGUCAUGGUUGGGCUUGCAUCCCGGUAAUUCCUACAUACACUGAUAAUUACUCUGAAAAUAGAGUAAUAUCCCCGUCAUGUAGAGAGGCCAAGCCGGGGUCUUUCACUCCUUCCUCUGGGGAUGCUGAAUUACCUCUUUAUCCUCUUCAAUUGGAUAUAGUGAAGCAUCUCAUUAAGUUAUCCCCAGUUAGAGCUGUAUUAGCAUGUGUCUUUGGAAGUUCUAUACUUUAUCGUGGCAGGGACACUACUGUAUCAAGAUCUCUGAAAAGUUGCUUUCUACAAACUCCUGAUGCUGAUAGGUUGUUCUUUGAGUUUGCUCUUGACCAAUCUGAGAGGUUCCCUACCUUGAAUCGCUGGAUACAGAUGCAGACCAAUCUUCAUCGAAUCUCAGAAUUUGCAAUAAUGGCUGAUCCCACGACGAGUGAUGGUAAAGAUGUACCUGAAUGUAAACUUGCUAUGAAGCGAUUUCGUGAUCAUGAUAGUGAUGCUGAAUCCGAAGUUGAUGAACUUGCUGGUAGCAGUAAUAUAUCAACAAAUCCCCAGGAGACCAAGAAUGAAACGAGAGGAUCUUCUGAUCCUUGGCAUGAUUCCUUAAAAUCCGAAAAUCCUGAUCGUACUACAAUUUUUCUUUCUUUUGAUUGCGAGAAUGAAGGCCCAUAUGAGAAAGCUGUGGAACGGUUGAUUGAUGAAGGAAAAGUGAUGGAUGCUCUUGCAAUUUCUGAUCGUUUCUUGCAAAAUGGGGCCUCAGAUCAGUUGCUUCAGUUGCUAAUUGAACGGGGGGAAGAAAAUAUAUCUGGACUGUCUCAAGGUUAUUCAGGAAACAAUAAUUGGAGCCACAGCUGGCAGUACUGUCUCCGUUUGAAAGAUAAACAAUUGGCAGCUAGACUUGCGCUCAAAUAUUUGCGUAGAUGGGAACUGGAUGCUGCUUUGGAUGUUCUCACUAUGUGCAGCUGCCACUUGCUCGAAAAUGAUCCUAUUAAAGAUGUGGUUGUUCAGAUGAGACAAGCUCUCCUGAGGUACAGCCAUAUAUUAAGUGCAGAUAACCGCUUCCACAGCUGGCUAGAGGUGGAGUCUGAGUGUAAAGAAGAUCCUGAGGGUCUUGCCCUUAGAUUAGCUGAGAAGGGAGCUGUUUCUGCUGCUUUAGAAGUGGCUGAAAGUGAAGGGCUAUCUAUUGAACUGCGCAGAGAGCUGCAGGGGCGUCAACUUGUGAAGCUUUUAACAGCAGAUCCUUUAAACGGUGGAGGCCCUGCAGAAGCUUCACGUUUUCUUUCUUCUUUACGCGACACUGCAGAUGCUUUACCUGUUGCAAUGAGUGCAAUGCAGCUUUUGCCCAACCUUCGAUCUAAACAGCUUCUCGUUCACUUUUUCCUGAAACGAAGAGAUAAUAAUUUAUCAGAGUUGGAAGUUUCCAGGCUCAACUCCUGGGCAUUAGGAUUACGUGUUCUGGCUGCUUUGCCAUUACCGUUGCAGCAAAAAUGCUCUCCCCUACACGAGCACCCUCAUUUGAUUCUUGAAGUUUUGCUGAUGAGAAAACAACUUCAAUCUGCAUCUCUGAUACUUAAGGAAUUCCCCUCCUUGAGAGACAACAAUAUGAUUCUUAUAUAUGCUGCCAAAGCUAUUAAUGUCAGCAUUAGUUCCCCUUCCAGGGACCCAAGGAUUUCAAUUUCAACUCCAAGAGCAAGACAGAAGACAAAAGUGGGAACACCCACAAGGUCAUCAUUCACUAGUAGUCUUAGUAAUUUUCAAAAAGAGGCCCGCAGAGCAUUUUCAUGGGUCCAAACUGGAGAUAAAGGUACAGCCAAGGAUACACAAAGGAAGAGAAAGAGCUCUGGAGUAAUGCAAUCAGAGAGGGUGGCUUGGGAGCCAACUGCUGCCAUUCAGGAAGACCGUGUUACAUUAUUUUCUGCAGAUGGGCAAGAACGGCUGCCUGCUGUUGCUAUUGCUGAGAUGUGGAUGCUCACAGGUGACCCGAAGAAGGACGAAGCUGUCCGUUCUUCUCAUCGCUAUGAAAGUACCCCCGAUAUUACUCUCUUCAAGGCACUGCUUUCAAUGUGUUCGGAUGAGAGUGCAUCUGCCAAAGGUGCUUUGGACUUGUGCGUUGGCCAGAUGAAAAGUGUAUUAAGCUCCCUACAGUUACCUGAGAAUGCAACAAUGGAAAUUAUUGGCCGAGCGUAUCAUGCCACAGAAACUUUUGUUGAGGGCCUGCUUUUUGCUAAAUUCCUCCUUAGAAAGCUUUCUGGAAGCACUGACUUGUCUAGUGAUUUGCAAAGAAGUAAGGAUGCAGAUGAUGCAUCUUCUGAUGCUGGCAGCUCUAGUGUGGGUAGUCAGUCGACAGAUGAGCUGUCUGAAGUACUGGGACAAGCUGAGAUGUGGCUAGGACGUGCUGAAUUGCUGCAAAGUCUUUUGGGUUCCGGAGUAGCUGCUUCACUUGAUGAUAUCGCGGAUAAAGAGUCAUCUGAGCGUCUUCGGAAUAGAUUAAUUCUAGAUGAAAGAUACAGCAUGGCUGUUUACACUUCCAAGAAGUGUAAGAUUGAUGUUUUCCCUGUGUGGAAUGCAUGGGGGCAUGCUCUGAUUAGGAUGGAGCGCUAUACUCAAGCUCGUGUUAAAUUUAAGCAAGCACUUCAAUUAUACAAGGGUGAUGCUGCAACUGUUAUAAUGGAGAUUAUUGGGACCAUUGAAGGAGGUCCACCAGUGGAUGUUUCAUCUGUUCGUUCCAUGUAUGAGCAUUUGGCUCGAAGUGCACCAGCCAUUUUAGAUGAUUCUCUUUCUGCUGAUUCCUAUCUCAAUGUCUUGUACAUGCCAUCCACAUUUCCACGGUCAGAGAGAUUCAGGGAUUCUCAAGAAGCUUCAAAUGACAAUUCUUUCAACAGUACACACUUUGAAGAUGAACCUAGGAGCAACUUGGACAGUGUUAGAUAUAUUGAAUGCAUCAGUUAUCUUCAAGAAUAUGCUCGUCAACAUAUGCUUGAUUUCAUGUUUCGACAUGGCCAUUACAAGGAUGCUUGCUUAUUAUUUUUCCCUCCCAAUUCUGUUCCUCCACCUCCUCAACCAUCUUCAUUGGGCGUUGUCACUUCAUCUUCUUCCCCUCAACGACAAGAUCCUUUGGCUACUGAUUACGGGACCCUUGAUCUAUUGUGUGAUCUGUGCAUUGCUUAUGGAGCCAUGCCUGUUUUGGAGGAAGUACUGUCAGGAAGAACUUCAAAUAUAACAUCAGACGAUCAAUCAGUGAACCAACAUACAACUGCAGCACUUUCUCGCAUCUGUAAUUAUUGCGAAACUCACAAGCAUUUCAAUUAUUUAUACAAGUUUCAGGUGAUAAAGAAGGAUCAUGUGGCCGCUGGGCUUUGUUGUAUACAAUUGUUUAUGAACUCUUCUUCUCAAGAAGAAGCUAUUAGACACUUGGAGAAUGCCAAGAUGCAUUUUGAGGAAGGCUUGUCAGCGCGACAUAAGGCAGCAGAGUCUACUAAGCUUAUUACCAAGGGCAUCCGUGGAAAAAGUGCCUCUGGGAAACUAACUGAAGAAGGACUUGUCAAAUUUUCUGCUAGAGUUGCUAUUGAGAUAGAUGUUGUCAAAUGCUUUAAUGAUGCAGAAGGACCACAGUGGAAACAUUCACUUUUUGGGAAUCCAAAUGAUCCUGCAACUUUCAGGAGGAGGUGUGAAAUUGCAGAGACUCUUGCGGAGAGGAAUUUCGACUUGGCUUUUCAGGUGAUUCAUGAGUUCAAUCUUCCAGCUGUUGACAUAUAUGCUGGUGUUGCUGCAUCACUUGCUGAGAGAAAGAGGGGAAGCCAACUCACGGAGUUCUUUAGGAACAUUAAAGGCACCAUCGAUGAUGAUGAUUGGGAUCAGGUUUUGGGGGCAGCCAUUAAUGUGUAUGCAAACAAACACAAAGAGCGACCUGACCGUCUGAUUGACAUGUUGACUAGUAGCCACAGGAAAGUACUUGCAUGUGUUGUCUGCGGGCGUCUCAAAAGUGCAUUCCAAAUUGCAUCUAGAAGUGGAAGUGUGGCGGAUGUUCAAUAUGUUGCACAUCAGGCGUUACAUGCUAAUGCACUUCCAGUUCUUGAUAUGUGCAAACAAUGGCUCUCUCAGUACAUGUAGUCUCAGUUCUAGGGUGUGAAGUUGGUUUGAGGUGGUUGUUGCUUAGUAUGCAGAAAUUUCGUUUUCUGCAGCACAAUGUAAAUUCAUCGUCCAAGGUUUGCCGGUUGUUUUGUUUCAUAUUGGCAACAUAGCUUACCCAGUGGCACAAUCACUUUAGAAGUGUGUACCCGGGUUUCACAUUUGGGAUCUAGCAUUCAUCAUCGUUCUGGUUUCAGAUUUCUCAUCCAGCUUACCCAGUGUGCAUGCAGUCAGUUAGCGUUCUGUCUGAAAUCGCACAUUGCCGGGUCAGUCCCUUUGAUCAAAGCAUGAACCAAAAUUCCUAGAUAUGUUCUGAUGUGAAGGAUGAAUAACAUAUUUGAAGCUGCUGGAUUUGUGGUUGAUUUACUUAUGUUCGGUUUUUUCAUCUUUGUAUAUAAGAGACAUACAGAGUGGACUUCCAUUUCUAUUAGUUGGGGUCCAACUCCCUGUCCUCAAACUCCUUUUCUUUUAUUUGUUUGUGGGAAGGGGCCAUUUUUGCUUUUUCAAUUAAUCUUUGGAACCAUAAUAUGUAGAUCCUUUAAGAUUUGAAGAGAGCUGAAAAGGGGUAUCUUUUUUGGGUGCUUCCCCAAUUCGCUGUACCAAAAAUUCUGGAUAUAUGAACUCUCUUUUGUUUAA